UAAGCACGAUCUACUUCAUCAACUUCAGAAGAAACACACCAGCGGAAGAACUCUUCAAACAAGAGAACAAGAUGAGCAAAGACGCUAACACCAGUCAAAAUCUGGAUUUCCGAGUCCUGAGAUUUAAAGUCAGAAGCCUCGAGAAUCGUAUCUGUUUAAUAGAGGAAAAACUCUCCAAACUGGAGAACAAUUUGAACAAAGAGAAAAUUAAUUCCUCCACUCAGAUUGGGGAUGAGCAGAAAGCUGACAAAGGCCUUCAAAAUAAAGAAAAGUCUUUGUCUCAUCUGACCCACAUCUCAGCAUACGGUCCAGUUCCCAAAUUUGGAUCAGAUCCUGCCAGGCAUGCCAUUCAUGUUCCAGCAGUUCUGCCCUUCAACAAGGAGAGCUCCGAACACAGAUAUACCAUCUCAGGAAAUAAAACUAUUAACAUCUCUGGACAAGCUUUUACCAAGACAAACGCAACAGCAAAGAGAACUGCAUCAGACGUGUCACCACCCAGGACUGUUAAAAGGCCUCGACUUGAUACUGCUUCAGCUGAUCCUGCAAACACAGCACACAAGACACAAUCUCUCAUCUCCAGUGCAUUAGAAACAGUGCAAAAGUUUUGUUAUGAUGUUUUACCUACAGACAGGAUUCAUGCACUUCUCAAAGGUACAAGUGACCUUCCUGUUCUGAGAGAUGAAGAGAAACACGUCAUUUCUGAGUUUUGUGUAAACGAGUCCUCAGCAGAGACGUUUCUCUCAGUGAUUUUAAACAAGAUCAAGGCAGAGAGAGAGUCUAUGGCACCCGAACUCCGGCAGUCUCUCUGUAGGGUUUAUGUGGGUGUGUGUCAAAAGAGAAGAGACCAUCACAAAGCACAUGCCCUCGCCUACAGAUUUCUUAAAGAAGAAUUUCCUGAUUCCACCAAACUGAUUAUGGCGAUGGUGACAGCAUGGCCAAGUCUUUUUUCCAUUGACAGCCCUUUAUGCCGAGCCAUUCACAUAGUCAGCAAACUGAAAGCAAGGGGAAACAUAUUAGAUUUGCUCAGCAAGUAUCUGCACUGGAAUGAGGAGCCUCCAGAAAAGAUCUACAGCACCAUCACCAGCACACUGAAGGCUCUUCUUGAAGACAGCAGUCUGACCUUCCAGAAGAACAGUUGGUAUGGUGAUGAUCUCUGUCCUGCUGCCUGGGACUACGUAUUUAGCCUGGAUCUUCUGUGUGCACAACUGGGCUGGACAUGGACCUAUAAGAAUAUGUUAGGAAAUGACAUUUGGCAGACUCUGGACACUUUGCUGUUGCAAACAAGAACAGAGCAAACACCGUACCGAAACGUCUCUGUAGCAGCUGUUUUCAGGCUACUUGGUCGACUUGGCCAACUAGGCCUUAAGAAGAACAUGGCAGUGUCAGUAAGAAAUCUUUUAAAAGGCAUACAUGAAUUUGGAAACCGAAAACUCUCAAAAGAUUUGCCGUGGGAGGUGCAGCUCGCAAUGGUCUAUGCCACUCAUGAUCUGGCACCCAGCAACCCCAAAGUCGCUCUAAAGACUGUAGAAUCAUGGCGGCAAAAAAUCAGACAGCCUGUUCCCCUAGCCGUCACCAAGUGCCUUGAGCAAAUCGGCUUCCUCUGUCACCAAAACAACUAAAUGACUUUUACACUUUUAGAUACAUUUUAUAGAAAUAUUUUUCUAAAACUUUCUAUAGAAAUAAAUAAAAUAAAUUUUAUG